GCGGGGCCAGGCGGGCGUGGGCCGGGCCGCUGCUGCUGCUGGCGCUGGCGGCCCGCAUGGCGCUGGCGGCCGGCCCCGAGGUGCUGGGGUUCCGGGUGCCUGCGGAGAGCGGCCAGGCCCUGCUGGUCUGGGGGCUGGAGGAGGGGGCGGAGCAUUCUCUGUUUUCAGCAUUUUCUGAGUUUGGGUUGCUGUAUUCAGUUCGAGUUCACAGAAAUGCUGCAGUUGCGGGGCCUGGGUAUUAUGCUCUGGUCAAGUUCUAUUCAGCUAGAGAUGCCAGCAGAGCCCAGCGCGCAUGCCACAGGCAAAGAUUAUUUCAGAAAUCUCCCUUAAAGGUUUGCAUUUGCACCAGACAGAAGACCUUUAAGCAGCAAGUCCUUGCUCUGAGGAGUUACAAGUGUAAGGAAUUAGCCAAUUACUACCUUGGUUUCAAUGGCUGGUCGAACCGAAUCAUUAUGCUGCAGAAUAUUUCUGGGUUUGACGUGGAGAAUGAAGAGCUGGGAGGCUUGCCAGAGAGCAGGUGCCUGAAAUACCUGUGCAUUGUGGAAGUAAUGCUGCCCCACCAUGGGAUCUGCACCAGAGGACUUGGCGUUGCUGAGGCACAUGUAGAAAAUGGCCGAGAUCCCCUUGAGUUUGUCAUGAAAACAGGAAAUGUUCAGAAACUUGCAGUUGAGAAAGCUCUGUCGGCUGCAUUUCAGAAGAUACUUCUCAUAGUUUUAGGUUGUAAUUGGAACAAAAAUCCAAGAUUUGAAGAAGCUAAGGCUCCAAUAGCAGCAGUAACCCAGCCACACCGUUACACAUGAUUUUUGACUACUGGCUAGCCUUCUGCCAUCUCUGGCCUGCAGUCUGUGUCACCUGAAAGCGAGAACAGGUGUUCGCAUGGCACUGUUGUAGCCGGCGUCGCAAGUUAUUUACGUGCCAGAUGUGCUGAAGAUUUAUGUGUCCCUUGAUGCUUAAACCAUCGUUCCAAGGGGCAUUCAUGCUGAUGACUGGUUCUGCUCAAUAACAAUCCAAAGCAGAGCGGACUGACACGUUCAUUUUCAUUAUCUGAGUCAGAUGCCACAAGUAAAAGGUUGAUUUUCUUUUUUGGUGGUUCGGGUUCUGUAGUUUCCACAUCAGAGUGCUGCUCUUUUAAGAUUUCUGAAAGCCUGCUCCACAUCUUCUCCCUCUCAGAUUUUGGAAGGCACUUCAGAUUCUUAACCUUGGGUCAAGUGCUAUGCUAUCUUUUGAAAUCUCACAUUGGUACCUUCUUUAUGCUUUGUCAAAUCUGCAGUGAAAGUGUUCUUAAAACGAACAACAUGUGCUAGGUCAUCAUCCGAGACGGCUAUAAGACAAAAUAUAUGGCAGCAUGCGGGUAAAACAGAGUAGGGGACAUAAAAUUCUCUCCCAAAGAGUUCAGAAACUAAUUUAAUUAACACAUUUUUUUUUUUUUUUUUUUACCUAACAUCAUCAGCAUAGAAGCAUGUCCUCUGGAAUACCUUGCAAUGCCGGCUACAAAAAUACCAUGGGAACGCCUGUUCUCACUUUCAGGUGACAUUGUAAAUAAGAAGUGGGCAACAUUAUCUCCUGUAAAUGUAAACAAACGUGUUUCUCUUAGUGUGACUGAACAAGAAGUAGAGCUGAAUGGACUUGGAGGCUCUAAAGUUUUACAUUGUUUUGUUUUUGAGUGUGGUUAUGU